AUGGGCAUGCAGCUUGCACCACAACACUGUAUACCACUGAAAGGAAUGCGGAAGAGAUUUAACAUUAAGGCACUCCAAGACCAAGCUAGAUGUGAGGCUCUUCAGCAACUCCUUACUGAGAGGCUCUCUGACCUACCUGAUGACAACAAGAGCAUCCAGGCACAUUGGGAGAAGCUUAAGAAUGUUAAUCACAAGGCAUGUGGUGAAUCAAUUGGAUACUCCACUUACCAUCACCGAGUUUGGUUUGACAAGAACAAUGAGGAAAUCCUAGCACUUAUCCAUCAGAAGAUAGCCAUGUUCUGCAGUUGCAAAAAUGAACCCUCCAACCAGCAAAAACAAGGGGCUUACCACCAGCUUAAAACUGUAGUUCAGAGGAAGCUAUGGGACAUCAAGAAAAAGUGGCGGCAAGUGAAGGCCACGAGGAUCCGGAAUUUCACUGAUAAAUAUGACAUGAGACACUUCUUUCAAGCAAUAAAUGCUAUCCAUGGGCCACAUUCCAAUGCGCAACUGCCAGCUGCAUCUUGUGGUGUACCUCUUCAGGAACCCGCCCCUCCUCCUCUGAGCUCUGCUCUAUCCGGCGUCAAGAGAAAUCCUGAGGAAGAAAUUCCUCAGUUACCGGCUUCCAAGGAUCCACUCCCUUCAUCUGCUCAAUCUAGUGUGCAAGCUGAUGGGGCCAGUUAUGGAGAGCCUGUGCCAGCCCGUAGAGACUGGCAGAAUGAUGCAGACAAUGGCCCAGAAGACCAUCACACCCAAGGGACAAGUAGAUUAUUGUAUCACAUUACUGAUGGAGACAAUCCCCUUCUGUCACCACGCUGCUCUAUCUUCAGCCAAAGCCAGAGGUUUAAUUUAGACCCAGAGUCUGCCCCUUCUCCGCCAAGUAGUCAGCUUUUCAUGAUGCCAAGAAGUUCUUCCAGGUGUAACUGUGAGGACAGAAAACAACUACAGACAGUGGCACAACUUACUAAACACCUUCAAAGUCUCAAGAGAAAGAUUAGGAAGUAUGAAGAGAAGUUUGAACAGGAAAAAAAAUAUCGACCUUCAUAUGGUGACAAAACUUCCAAUCCCGAAGUUCUGAAAUGGAUGAAUGAUUUAGCUAAAGGUCGCAAACAACUCAAAGAAUUUAAACUCAAAAUGUCAGAAGAACAAAACUGUGCUUCCAAAGCACCCCAAAGAAAUGGGCAACACCAAAGCACUGGAAUAAACAAGGAGAGUGGGAAACAGGAAGCAGCAAGUGCUGAACCAGUGUCAUCAGUGGAAGAAACCAUGGAUACUGUAUUGAAGAAAUUAAAAGAGAAGAGACAACAGCUUAAUGUCCCCGAGACCAUAAAGGUAACAAAAGAACAGAAGAGUCUUAUGAAGCCUCUGUAUGACAGAUACAGAAUUAUUAAGAAACUUCUUGUUACACCAUCUUUGAUUACAACUAUCGAGGAAGAAGAUUCAGAUGAAGAUCAUUCUCAAAGCAACCGGGAACUAUCAUCCAGAUCAGCAUCUUGCUUUCCUGUUGAGGAGCAUCUAUGUUUUUCACACGAGGAAAAUGAGCCUGCAGUUAUUUCACCCUUGGAUGAAAAGAAGGCAUUCCAGCAAACAGCCCUGUCUUUGUCCAACUUACAUGAGGCCACAGUGCCGGUGCUGCUUGAACAUCUCAGAGAAGCAAAAGCAGACAAAAGAAGGCUUCGCAAAGCCCUGAGAGAAUUUGAGGAACAGUUCUUCAAACAAACAGGAAGGAGUCCACAAAAGGAAGAUCGCAUACCAAUGGCCGAAGAGUACUCUGAAUACAAGCACACAAAAGCCAAAAUCAGGUUCUUAGAGGUGCUCAUUAAUAAGCAUGAUGUCGUCAAAACAAUCUGAAGAUCGGAAUUCUGUGUUAUGCAGUGCUACUGUUUCUCUAGCAAAAAAAAUAGUUUUACAAGUAUAAGUUUCUGCACAGUUAUUGGACACAAUGAGAUUGUGAUGCACUUUAAUAGUUAUAUUAUCAGGUGUGGAGGACAGCAACAUGUAAGAGUAUGUAAACAGGAGUGAAUGGCUUGCACUUUAAGGGGGGGGGGGGGAAGGUUUGAAGGGCACUGUAAUAAUAAAGUUAAAGGACACUGUGAUGUAGUUUAGGCUCUCAAUCAGACUUGCUCUAUUUUACCAUUUAUAAAAUGUCAGGGAAUGCUCUCCAGAUUCCUACA